AUAUGGCAUAAUAAACGUAUUCUACACAAUUAUUUGCACAUUUACAUUUGACUGUUUCAUGCACUAAACACACACCAAAUUAUUUCCUGUCUUAUUAUCAAAUUUGACACUUAAAUCCACACCGGUCCAGCUUUCAACAAAUGAAAGUAAUAAUUUUGAAAAUUGUGUAACUGGUAGAUAAAGUAAUUUAAUUAUUUUGAAAUAAAAAUGAUUGCCCAACAAAGACAACGCAUUGAACAUGCAAUGACGGAAAUGAUAGAUGAUAUGGACAAAUCGCAUUUACGUAAAUUACAGACAAAUAUGCAUUUAUGUGCAGCUAAAUGCUGCCAGGACAUGGAUUCUUCUCUGGAGAGUGUACAACGCUGUGUUGACAGAUGUUCAACACCACUGACACGAGCGCAAAACUAUGUACAACAUGAAUUGGGCGAAUUCCAAGGGCGACUACAGCGCUGUAUAAUGCAAUGCAAUGAUGAUGUGAAAGUCAAAAUGCCACCAAAUCCAUCAGAAGAUGAAGUUUCAAAAUACACAGAUCAAUUCGAACGAUGUGCAAUCAAAUGUGUUGAUAAACACGUAGGCCUGAUACCAAGCAUGAUGAAAACAAUGAAAGCUGUACUCUCCAAAGGUCCAGAAGGCAUACCUCAAGUUUAAUUUAUAUAUUUUUAUUUUUAUAAAAACAAAGACAACAUGAAAAAUC